AGUUUUAUGAAGAGAGAAGAAGAAGCGGCCCCUCCUCCUGCGGUGCAUGAUGGUCUCUGCUGCUGCUGUGUAUGUUUUCCUCCCGGUGCCUCCGGUGUUUCUGUGAUGGUGAAGAGGACAAACACCGGCUGCUGUGCUUUUAACGACAGCUAGCCUCCUGGGAGGCUCCUCCCGAUGCCAUGGCCUCCAGCCACGGCUCCUCCCCCGUGCCUCGUCCAGGCCGAGAUGGGAUGUAUCUCAAGGAGCGGGACGCCCCCCCCUCUCGCUGCCGGAGCCUCCGCUCGCUGCCCGACGUCUGCCCCAAGGAGCCCACAGGUGAGGGGCGGGGCCUGUGUGACGGCCCCUCGGUGGUGGUGGACCUCGACAGGUGGACCGUGUUCAGCUCGAAGGUGAACCUCCCGGCGGCGCUGAACGACCCGCGGCUCGCCAAGAGGGAGUCAGACUUCUUCACCAAGACGUGGGGGCUGGACUUCGCCGAGACCGAGGUGAUGCCCUCCUUCUACCUGCCCAACAUCACCAAGGAACACUUUGCCCCCUACCUGCAGGAGAUGGCCCAGAGGGAAAGAAUCCAUGAACGCUGCAAGACGAUCUGUCCCAACAAAGACAAUGUGGAAGCUGUCUCCAGUAACAACUCCAACCACGACAAAUCCAAAGCUGAGCUGGAACAAGUCCCGAAGAUCUUCAUGAAGCCUGAGUUUGCUCUGGAGGAUCCGUCCACCUUCAACAGCGUGCUGCCCUGGUCGCACUUCAACAGCGCCGGGGGGAAGAGCAGCCGAGACGUGGCGUCCUCCAAACUCCUGCAGGAGAAGCUGAGCCACUACCUGGACGUGGUGGAGGUGAGCAUCGCCCGGCAGAUCUCUCUUCGCUCCGAUGCGUUUUUCCACGCCAUGUCCUCUCAGCACGACCUCCAGGACCGUCUGCAGGACACUCAGCGGGCCGUGGCCGUCCUGCGCGGCCGCAUCGCCGCCAUCGACCGGGUCACGGUCCAGGGGCCUCUGAGGGCCCUGCGCACCAACCUGACCCGAAACAACUGCGUGAAGCUGCACAACAAACUGAAGCUGAUGGCGGCGGUGCACCAGACGCAGCCCACCGUGCAGCUGCUGCUCUCCACCGCUGAGUUCAUGGGGGCGCUGGAGCUCAUCUCCACCACCAAGGAGGUCCUUCAGCAGGAGCUGCAGGGGGUCCACAGCUUCAGACAUCUGGGCUCUCAGCUGUGUGAGCUGGAGAAGCUGAUUGAUAAGAUGAUGGUGGAGGACUUCAGCAUGUACGCCCGCAGCGACCUGAACCGCUGCCUGAGGGACGAGCCGCACGUCCUGGAGAAGGAGCGUCUGGAGUCCCUGGUGUUCGGCCUGCUGCGGCAGAGGAAGCUUGACUUCCUGGAUAUUUACAGCGAGGAGAUGAUCAUGGCGGUGAAGACCAUCGUCUCUCUGUGUGUGGCAGAAAAUGUUUUGCAAAUUGAAGACAUCGACACUGAAGUGGUCACUAAGGUAGCGGACCAGACCCGUCUGAUGACGUUCCCUCAGUGGUUCGAGCUGCUGAAAAGCGUCUUUGAGAGUUUCCUCCUCUUCCUGCAGAGGAUCAAGGCCACUCAGACCGUGAUUAAAAACGUGGUUCUGGAGGUUCUGGCGUCGACGCAGAAGCUCCGCCUCCUGGAGGAAGCCGCUUUAGUUCAGGAGGCCCCCCCCGGCCCGGAGCUUCUUCAGGGGGGGGGGGCGGAGCUGGCCUACCUCACCCACGAGGGGCUGUUCAUCAGCGACGCUCUGAACGAGGCCCAGCAGGGGGACCAGAGCUCGGUGGGGGGGGCGAGGCUCCAGGACCAGAGCUCGGUGGGGGGGGCGAGGCUCCAGCAGAGGGACUCCGCCUCUGGAUACACAGAGACCUCAGUCAGCCGCGAGCAGAGCUACAUGUCCGGUGAGAACAUGAUGCCGUCUGACCUGGAGCUGAACAGAGUGAUGAACACGCUGCAGGAGCUUCUGCACACGGCCUCCGACGUGAGCCACGACCGCUGCGUCAAAGUGCUCACCGCCAGGGCCAAGGACGGCUCUCUGGAGCGCCUCAGCUCGGCGGACUUCGUGCUGCUCUCUCAGACGGUGGAGGGGUUCGUGCGGGACACGGAGGAUCUGAGCGGGCGGAGGAGCGCCUCGCUGCGGGGGGCGCUGCAGAGCCAGGCCAACCGCUUCGUGCACCGCUUCCACGAGGAGCGCAAGACCAAACUCAGCCUCCUCCUGGAUAACGAGCGCUGGAAGCAGGCGGAGGUUCCCGCUGAGUUCCAGGAUCUGGUGAACUCCAUCGCUGACGGAAGAAUAACUCUACCGGAGCGCAAAAUCCCAGGUACAGAGGACAGGAAGCCCACAGAGUUUCUGUUCGUCAACGGGCAGAAAUAUGCCGUAGUCGGGACGGUGCUGCUGCUGAUCCGGAUCUUUCUGGAAUACUGUCAGUGUGUCAACGACAUCCCAUCCAUCGCCACCGACAUGCUGACCCGUCUGUCCGACCUCCUCAAGCACUUCAACUCUCGGAGCUGCCAGCUGGUUCUGGGAGCCGGAGCUCUGCAGGUCGUCGGCCUGAAGACCAUCACCACCAAAAACCUCGCGUUAGCCUCCCGCUGCCUGCAGCUGGUGGUUCAGUACAUUCCCAUCAUCAGAGCUCACUUUGAGACCAAACUGCAGCCCAAACAGUACAGCGUGCUCAGACACUUCGACCACAUCACCAAGGACUACAACGAUCACAUAGCGGAGGUCUCUGCUAAGCUGGUGGCCAUCAUGGACAGUCUGUCUGAGAAGGUUUUAUCAAAGUAUGAAGUGAAGGCUCCGAUGCCCUCGGCUGUUUUCAGAAACGUCUGCAAACAGAUGGCCAAGAUGCACGAAGCCAUUUCUGAGCUCCUUCCUGAAGAGCAGACGCAGAUGUUGUUUCUGAGGAUUAAUGCCAGUUUUAAGCUACACCUGAAGAGGCAGCUAUCUCGACUCGGGGUCGUUAAUGACGGAGGACCACAGAACGGGCUGGUGGUGGUGGACGUUGCGUUCUACACGGAGAACGUUCAGGUGUUAAAGAGCCUGGACCGGCUGGAUCUGAACAUGGUGGAGAUCUGGGAACAGAAGAGGUGAUGGAGGACAGAGACGGGACGUCCAGCAUCGACCCGGAGACAGAGUGGAGACGACCUCAGGGGGGAAGGAAGCCCGGAGGGACCAAAAAACACAAAACCGGGGGCUUCCUGAGCUCCACCUUAAAAACUGUUAUCAUGAACACAGAGCCUCCUUAAACGCUGCUGAUCACUGUGUGCAAUCCAACAGAAGCUAUAGUAAAUUAUUAGAGACAGUUUUAGUGGGAGUGAACGGUGUAGAUAAUGUUUGAGAAAAGGCGGGUAAUUUAUUUUUCUGUCGUCUUGGAAGCAUUCUACCUUCUGGCGGACUUUUUCCUCCACACGUCGGAGGGGAUGAAGGGAUUUUUAUCCCCAACGCACAACGAUGUUUUCUGCCGCUGGUUUCGCAGAGUUCACAGCCGAGGGUCCAGGGUUCAGGUUCUGCUCGUUCUCUGAAGGAGUCUACAGGUUUUCUUUAUCCCAAAACCUCAUUCAUCUGAGGAGUAUGGGCUGUGGUGACGGGUGGAAAUGGAUUCUUAAACUUUUAUACUCAAGAAAUAUUUUGCAGACUUCAAGACCUGGAAAUCCAGACGAUGUGAGACCUGGAGGAAUCUGAAAAAUGUGUAAUUGAAGAGUUAACUCCCUGAAAAAUGUCAAGGACUGUGAACGCAUCACAACUCUCAGCGACAUCCUGUCCCGACCAAAGUAAAAACACUUCAUCUGGGGGAUUUAACUCUUUAAUUACACUUCUACUAAAUUAUGCAUUUUCUUCAGUGGUGGUGAUCGAGGGUGAUUUUUCUACGUGUUGUUUAAACGAUGAGACUGCAGAACAUGAAGCAUGAAAAUCAGCUGCUGACUCAAACUACUGUUCUCCUCCUGCUGCGGUUUAUUUACUCUGCAUGAUCAGAGCGGGAGCCCUUUGUUUCCUCUGGAGCGCAAACGACUCGAAACGGAGCAGAAAAUCCGAUUUUAAUAUCUACACUGGAACUUUAAAACUGGACAUCAAGACGGACAUCAAGACGGUUUUACUGGAGCAAAAUAAUGCGGUCAAUUUCAUCCCACAAUCAAACAAAUCUGUGCUUUUGCCUUUGUUUAAAUAUAACAUUUGAAGAAAGUAGGCCAUAAUAUAAACAUUGAGAUAAUAUAAACAGCAGAACAUCAACUCAACAAUAAGUGGAACAUCAAAAUGUUUAUUUGAAAUAUGCCGGGGUCAGGAUUUAGUGCAACCCAAACCCAUUGCCUUCCAAACCUUGUCUAAUUAAAUAUAACAACAAAAACCUGAAUUUACUGAAUUGUUAUUUAAUAUCUACAAAAUAACUUGUACUUUAGCAACUAAGUAACACAUUCAAACCUUUAUUUACAUAUCUUCACAUUUAACAGGAUUAACAAUACAAGUGAACUUUUCUCUAUUCAAAUUCCAGUUAUGUUUUUAGUUUAUAAAGAAAUAAUGAAAUUGAAUAGAUAAUUCCCAUUCCCUGAUCCGGAUCUUUGGGUCAGUAUUCGCCUGAUAUUUGAUUAUUUUUUUCAGGUUUUCUUCAAACAUUUAAUUAUUUUUUUCAGGUUUUCUCAAAAUGUCAGAUUUAAUCCAAACAGAUUUUUUUCUGAAAUUCUCCAAAAAUCAACAUUUUUUUUCCAAAAGAUUUUCCGAUUUUUUUCUGAUUUUCUCCAAACAUUUGAUUAUUUGUUUUUCUAAGAAUGUGAUGUUUUUCCGUCAGAUUUUCAUCAAAACUUAAGAUUUGUCUUUUCAGAUCUUCGCUUAAACAUAAAAAAUCAGAUUUACUCCAAUCAUCAGAUUAUUUUCCCCAAUGAUCUGAUUUCCUGCUCCUAAUCCAGUCGUGCUGCGCUCCGUCUUAAAGAAACUCCUCUGUCCAGCUGCAGUCACAUCACGUCUCUGCUAACUAAUAUAUAAACACUACAGUCGAGCUCUAAAAUAAUUUAAGAUGACGAGAGAACAGAACUUUAUUGUCACUGCAUUAACUGCUGAAGUACUUUAAUACAGGGACAUGGAUCCUGUUAUCCUGAGAUAUAUGAAACAGCUGUUCUCAGAAACACAUCUGCCUAAAUGUUCUCGUAUAGAUUUCAGAUCAAAUGUGUGAUGUGACUGCAGCUCCCUAAACACAGGGAUUCUCCUCACUGCUUCAGAAGUGCCUACUUUUGACUGUCAGACGACACAUCUGAGCUCCACUACAGUGUGCCUACCAUACCACUGUGUGUGUGUGUGUGUGUGUGUGAGAGUGAGUGUGUGUGGAUGAGUCUGACUGCAUGUCUGAGAAUCCAAAAUGUCUUGAAUCCUUCAAACCUGAUGUGAAUAAAACAGGAUGAUGGAGCG